AUGAAUAAGAUGGGCGUGGUCAAUCUGCACGAGCUAUUGAAAUUAUUUUGGUAUUGACAAACUUGUGUACGUAUGUGUGUGGCGUGUGUGUGUGUGUAGAAUCACAGAAGUACUAGGUAGUUGCAAUUAAAGGCUGAACAGACAUCAGAAAUGAGCCAUGCCUAGUCGAAAGCCCAAACGUGAAGCAUCAUCCGUCUCUUCCUCACCAGUUAUUCAUGAAGAUGAGCUCAAAGAUGAAGCGCCAAAUUCUCCGAAACGAGGUCGAAAAGAAAGCGAGCAGAAACGACGUGUUUUGAUGAAUCAAUACUUUGAUGAGCUAAUUGUGCUCCUAACUCUACUCAGUCAAAGACACGUUCCAAAGAAAAUUGACAAAGUGGCCACACUGAAAGAAGCCAUCACUUGCCUGAAAGUGUAUCACCACCUCACUCAUCUCGGAGCACCCUUACCUCUGCCGAAGGAAAGCAAGUCAGUAAUUGACAGAGGAGAUGCUUUGAAGCUUGUGCUCAACUCCCAAGAUUCAUUUCUGAUAAUGAUAUCUGAUUCUGGUCGCAUUAUGUUCUCAAAUUCCCUUGUUACUUCUCUGCUAGGUUACACCCAGAGUCGACUCAUUGGACGAAAUUGGUACGACUACAUUCACGACAAAGACAAGGAAAUGUUCCAGUCAUUUUUCAGAUCUUCGAAUGGCCACCGGCUUCCUAAUUCUACUGUGACGAGUUACCCUGCUCAAAUCUGCACACUCCAUCUCCAACUCUAUCCUGGUGAGACAGGUGGGCCCCCACAAUUCCUGCCAUUCAAAUGCCUUGUCUACCUUCGCAAGUGGGGAGCGGCCGAAGCUUUAGAUGAGAAUCCUCUCAGUCCCGAUGAGAAUGCGAUUGAUUUGGUUCCUCUUCCAGACGAGCAGCACUAUGUACUACUCAUUGGAAAACUACCUACCUCUCUCCUUCACGUUGAUCUCCCAGUUGCUACAAACGACAUCAAUUUCGAAUUCGAACUCCGAGUGAGUAAAGAGGGGCGAAUCAUUUCGAUCGAGAAGCAUGCUAUUCUGAUUAUUGGCUUUAGUUCUUCUGAGCUGAUCGGUACCUCUUUUUUUGACUAUGUUGAUCCCUACCACCUCUCUGACGUGGCUGACAGUAUCUCCUCGCUGACCAAGACAGGAUUGGGUGUAACUUCACCAUAUCGUUUAAUGACCAAGAGUGGCAGGUAUAUAUGGCUUAUCUCCAAGACGUACACUUCCUACAAUCCCUGGAUUAACAAACCAGACCACAUUCUUUUCACCAAUCGUGUUCUCGGCUCGGAUCAAGUUCUACCUGAGCAUCGAUUUUACCGCGGUCGAAAAUAUCUUCCCGAUCUCGAAGUUGAACAAGAGUAUGUGAUUUCGCCUUCAAGUGUGCACACAUCUUCGUUCCCUGAGAAGCAAUUGCCCCCUAACUUACAACAGAACCCUCUAGUUGAAAGACUCGUGUCUUCAAACAUGCUCGGUCAAGAUUCACAGGAUACAACUUUUCUCGAACGCGUCCCUAGGAAGAUGCCCGUACCUCUGCUGCAACAACAGGCAGCCCGUCUCAUGCAGGCACCCCAAACGUCGUGGAUGAAUCCUCCAGGCAGGCAGAUGGAACCACCUCUUCCAUCUUUUGUUCCGUCCAAUCAAAUGAUGCCGCAAGGCCUCAUUGAUAUACAGAAAGAGCUCGAGAGAAAGAAUAGAGAAAUAUUCGAGAUGCAGCAGAGAUUGUUGGAACAGCAAAAACUGUUUGAAGCGGAAAGGAAUCAAUUCUACCAAGUCUCUCAACAAGUCCUGCAGUGUAUUUCAGCUGGAAGUCAACCGGUUGGAACUUCAGGGUCAAAGUUUCUAGCCCCAACAGAAAAUGUAAAGUCCUUCAGUUCAUUGCCCAGUAACAUCUCAGGUUCCGUAAAUAUGCCAGUAUCGUCUGCCAUGGAUCGAAGUGUCAGCCCUGUACAUGGAUCAAACCCUUCCACCCCACAAUCGGUUCCUCCACAGAAUCAACACGGACUCUACACUCACAACCAGCAGUAUGUCUCCCAAUCAGGCCCACCCACACCGGCAACAGCCUACUCCCCCUUUUCACCAAGCUCACACAUGUACUCCCCUGGCCCUUCUCCCGCUCCAAGCACAACAAACGUACUGCAACGUACCUCCAGUCACUCUACUGUACUACCCUCCACCCCCACAUCCCACCUUGGAAUGUAUGACUCUUUGGCCGGCAAUAACUCAUUUUACCCCCCACAGUUUUCUCCGCAAGCUGAUAACACUUUCUCUAUGCACAGCCCUUCAUCCACACACAACGAUAGCAACUCCCCUGCACGCUCCCUAGCAAUGCACAAUAAUCUGGUGUGUGACUCCCUCGGACUAAAUAACAGGCACCAGCUGCAACAACAGUCUUUUGUAUCACCUGUUGUGUCUCAGAUUCAAACACUCAGUAAUAUGUUUGGUGGUCAUUGACCCUGUUGAUAUCUUAUUAUGUGUGCUAUUUUUGUACGUGUGUUACUGCAGUCGGUGUUGUUUUCAUCGUCGUUUUCCCCCUUCUUUCUAACUGUGUUUUCAAGAUUGA